AAUCCAAAUUUCAGUCCAAUAUCCAAGAAGGAAUCUCGUCGUAAAGGUUCAUCGACCACGUCGAAUUUCCUCCACUCACUUCGACUGCCGUCAUUCCGAAUGCCCGGCACAUCGUCGUCCUCAUCAUCACACUCACCGCACGAUAUGAUUCCUAAUCAAGGUUCCUCUCGGUCCCGGAUCGUCUUCCCGUACAGUAACAAUGUCGGCGUAUCCGGCACGACCACCACCAAUACGAACACGUAUUCGAACUCGAUUCUGAUGCAGUCCACAUCAUCACAAUCGCACUCAUCGCUACCGUUAGCGAUCAAUAGUGCAUCAGCAUCCUCGAAUGUCUCGUCGUUGAAUCAUCAACAGAAAGAGAAAGUUCGACAGUGGAUCAGAAAAGAGGGUUAG